CAGUGAGACAUCAUAAAGGCAUCAACAAGCCUCCCCCUCCUGCAUUGCAGUGCUCAGCGCCGUCCCUCAGCCUACUUUCAAAGCCGAAACAAACACACAGACGAGCCGGGGAAACAGCGCAGUCAUGCUGCUUCUAACUCUACUCUUCGUGUCUUCAGCCGUAGCGACCCCUCUGCUCGGCACUGAGCAGUGUGCUCGUGGCCCCCCCUACUGGUGUCAGAAUGUAAAGACGGCGUCUCUGUGUGGAGCUGUGACUCACUGCCAGCAGAACGUGUGGAACAAGCCCCAAAUGAAAACCGUGCCAUGUGACUUGUGUAAAGAGGUGUUGAUGGUGGUGGAUCAGAUACUGAAGGACAAUGCCACUGAGGGUGAGGUUCUCGGGUACCUGGAGAAGGCCUGCCAGCUCAUCCCUGAUCAAGGUUUGGCCGCAGAGUGCAAGGAGAUGGUGGAUAACUACUACCCCAUCCUCAUGGGGAUCAUUAAAGGAGAACUGGAGGAUCCUGGUGUGGUGUGUGGGGCCAUUGGCCUGUGUCAGUCUCAGCAGGCAGCCCUGGCAAAGGCUCAUGCCCAGGAGCAGCUUACGUCCAAUGAAAUCCCCCAGAUUGACCUUUCCCAGCAAGUGGUUCCCUUCCUCCUCAAUGUGCCUGAGCUCCUUUAUCCUCAGGAGGCCCCCAAACAAGAGAAGCAGGAAAGCGAUACCGUGUGCCAGGACUGCAUCAAGUUCCUGACCGAUGCCCAACAGGAAGCAAAGGACAACACAUCAUUUAUCGAUUCUCUUAUUGAGAAUAUUGAGAACCAGUGUGACCUGCUGGGGCCAGGCUUGUCUGCAAUGUGCAAGCAGUACAUUAAGCAGUAUUAUCCUGAAAUAAUUGUCUGUUUCUAUCCUCAGCAACCCAAAGAUAUCUGUGUCCAUGCUGGGUUCUGUACUGCUACAAAGAAGUCCACUCCCAUGCUCAAGCUUCUGGCUGCCAAGACUGUACCUGCUGCCAAGACUGUACCUGCUGCCAAGCUUUUCCCUGCUGCCAAGCUUUUCCCUGCCACCAAGGUGGAGUCGGUUGCUGACAAAUCUGCUCAGAAAAUGGUGCGUGUCCGUAAUUCCGCGGGAUGCGCCAUCUGCGAGUUUGUGAUGAAACAGUUGGAGUCUAUGCUGGAAGAUCAGACAACAGAGGAGGAGGUGAUUCAAGCUGUGGAGAAGGUGUGCACAUUCCUGCCCGACUCUCUGAAGGGCCAGUGUAAGGACCUGAUUGAGACCUAUGGCCAGGCCAUCAUUGAGCUGCUGGUGCAGCAGGCUGACCCCAAGACUGUCUGCACAGUGUUGGCACUCUGCAAUGACGCCAAACGUGUAUAUGUCGCUGUACUCGACCAGACUCGCUUUAAGGUUGGUGGCUAUUGCGAGGUGUGCAAGAAGGCCAUUACGUACGUAGAAGAGAUCCUGGAGAAGAACGCUACAGAGGCACAGAUCGAGGAGGCUGUGAGGAAAGCAUGCAGCUUCCUGCCCGAAUCUCUCCAGGCUGAGUGUGACCAGCUGGUUGAACAAUAUGAGCCAGUGCUCGUCCAGCUGCUGCUUCAGAUGCUGGACCCAGACUUCGUGUGCAUGAAAGUGGGAGCCUGCCCAGAAAGAGAGCACAGGCUGCUGGGAACAGAGCAGUGCAGCUGGGGACCUGCAUUCUGGUGCAUGAACAUGGAGACAGCAACUCGGUGCAAUGCUGUGGCUCACUGCAAACGCCAUGUGUGGGUAUAGAGGAAGAGGCACAAACUGACCUGUAGGGAAUUUCAAGAAGAAAAAAAAUACUGUAGUGCUGCUUCCCACUUUUAAUUUGUGUCCUGUUUUGUUUGUUUUGGUUUUUUCUUUUCUUUUUUAAUGGACUUACAUGACUGCAGUUUAUGAUUUAAUUAAUUGGAUGAUGUCAUGGUGGAAAGGGACUGGCUAUUGUUUUUUCCGAGGGGGGGGUAGGGGAAGGAGUGGUUAUGUGUAUCUUGGCCUGUUACUGCUUCACUGAGCAGAAUUCUCAGAGCUUCACUGUCAGUAAUUGCAAAUUUGCAUCACGUGGGUGUUGGAUUGCUUGAUGGGUGCAGUGAUACUAAAGCCUCACAUGUUGUAUAAUGUAGACAACAUGGUGGGUGUUUGAUGCCCCCCCUCCCCUCAGCUACAUGUGAUUCCUGACUGCACUGUGCUAAGAAUGACUGGCAUUACUUUUAGCAGUAUGUCUGAUCCUUAAAACAAAACUUAUUUUGUAGAAAAAAGUUUCGUGGUGUUGUUUUAAGGAGCUGAUAUAGAGGUAAUUAUUCUGUGCCUCCCGCUUACCUCCCAGUGUUUGCACUCUUCCUACUGUUUGUAAAUCACUGCAUUUCUAACAUUUUGAAUUCAAUUGUUGUCUGCUUUAAACCCUGAGCCAACUGUUGGCUGAGCUGUACAUUUUUAACAAUUAAAAUGAUCCCAAUCCACUCA